GACGCACAUUUUUUCACAAGUAACCGAUUGUUACUUGUGAAUAAAAACAAUAAUAGUUUUCUAUUUACUGUUUGUAAAACUUGUUUGACUACGACACGAAGUUUUAUUCUAUUGAAUAUAUUGUGUGAGUUUAAAAUGUUUCCUCCAGAGAUUUGGGAGAAAAUUUUACAAAAAAUAAAAUGUCCUGAAGAUUUAGGAAGACUUAAACUUGUUUGUAAGGAUUGGAAUAUAAUAAUAGAAAAAAUUAUUCAACAACAAAUAUUGUGGGAUGAUUAUUGUUUUCAAGAAAUGACAGAAAAAUGCAUGUUUCAUUUAGUAAAUCAAAUUAAUGAAAAACCAGAAGAAUAUAGUUACGAUGUAGUUAGAUCUAGUGAUCCAAUGAAAUACAAUAAAAUUUGGCGAGAAGUCUAUUGUUAUUGGAAAACAUGGCCAUUGUUUAUCAAUCAUCGAGUGUUUAUUGAUAAACUCAGUAAUUUAUCAUUAAUAGAAACAUAUGAACAAAUAACUCAUCUGGAUGUUUAUCGUGACUUUAUUGGCAUUGUAACAAACGAAAAUCGUAUUUUAUUUUAUAACAUUUCGGAUUUAGAAAACAUUUAUUAUAAAGUUUACAUUUCUUCUACUACAACUGUGCAAUUUACUUUUUGGAAAACUGAAAACGCAGAUAUACUCGCUCUUGCUCGAUCUCACAGCGGAGUUAUACAUUUUUGGGAUGUAAUUCUAAAAAAACCAGGAAUUCCAAGAAGAAUUAAUGAGGGAGAUAUUAUAAGCAUAUGUCUAGAAAAAUGCUAUGUAGUACAUGAUCUUACUGUAACAAGAUUCGCUUACGUCGAAGCAGUUCCAGCAUUAGUACCUGUCUUUCAUUAUGUAAUGCAGGCAAAUGUACAAAAAGAUCUUGAAUUUAUGUGGAAAUUAGGAUUUUCUCACUACUUCUCUUAUAUUUUUUUCCCAUCACGAGAAAAUCUUUCAAUCUGGACUAAUGCAAAAUUCUAUACAGUUGAUGAAGAUUUAAUUGCUGUAAUCUCAGAUACGAAUAUACGGUUUCUCUUUACAGAGUGGUAUAGUAGAAAUAAAUGGCGUGAAUAUAAUUUAUUUAACAGCCUUCAUGGAAAGAUUCAAUAUUUGUGUUAUCACUGUAGACUGUUAAUUUUCGGUCUAGAUUCAGGGUCAAUUUACAUUUUUCAUGUAAAAAAGAAUUCAGAUUUAGAAUCUUUUGAUUUUUCACCUACAAAUGGUCGAAAAAUAAUCGUUGAUACGAAGCCUAUAAUCUUUAUACGGGUUAUAGAUUUUAAAAAAAGAAAAAUUAUUGUUGCUGCUACACAUGAUAAUGUUCAUUUUAUUAAUUUUUUAUCAGAUUGAAAAUUUUUAUGAACUAAAUCCAAUUAUAAGUUAGAAGUUUA